UUCCGGAAACAAUAAUGUCUUCAAGAAUAAUAUAGUCAAUAUUCCUAGGCCAUAGUUGUAACUUUUUGUCGUUAGCCAGUACCGGUACUUGAGAUUUGAGUACUCCAUACUCAAUUUUCACUAUUCACUACUCAGUAGCUUUCUGGCAAUUUAGUUUUGUACUAUAUUGGUAAUGAUUAACUAAGCAAUUUCUCACUAAUAAGUAAUAAUCGUUGGCGUUUACUAAUGUAGGUAACGAGAAUUUAAUACAAAUUUAAAAUUCAAAUUUAGUCGAUUGACAUGCUUCAAUGUCUCAAUAAGAUCACUGAAUAAAAUAACUCCUACAUUUGGUGAUACGUGUGCAUGUUCACAUUCACACAAUGGAUACCAAGUAUAAAGAACUGCAUAGAGAAGCCAUAUCAAAUCAAACAGGCUCAUCAUUACUUGAAAUUUACACAUCUCUGUUUCCACUGCCCAUUCAUAUAAUCAUAUUCAUUUGGAUGUCAAUUGGUACAGGCCACAGCAAAAAAAUCAACUUUCCGACAGUUUGGAUGUUUCUUUUUGAAUUUAUUACAAUGGUGCUGCCAACCGUGUUUAAUUUCACGUUGCUUUCAGAUUAUUCAGUCGAACAGUUCUUAAUUUACGUUACAAUCUUUGGCGUUGCAGUUUCAUGGAUGUUGUUAAAUCACAAUUAUAUAUCAUCAAGUACUAUUAAAACAAAAAAAAAUCCUUACAUAACUGUCUAUAGAUUUAUGCUCAAUACAUAUACUGUAUUUUGUAUAUUGGCAGUAGAUUUCAAUGUGUUUCCACGGCGGUUCGCUAAAACUGAAACCUAUGGACACGGUGUAAUGGAUAUUGGUGUAGGAUGUUAUGUUUGUUCUAAUGCAUUAUUGUUUACUAUUCCUAACCCACAGAAUAUGAGUAAAAAUGUACUCAAAGUUUUCAAACAAAUCUUACCAUUACUCGUGUUGGGAAUUGGUCGUACAUAUUUUGUAACAAAAGCAGAUUACCAUCACUAUGUAUUUGAAUAUGGUGUACAUUGGAAUUUUUUCAUGACUUUGGCUUUCCUAAAAGUAAUUAAUCUAUUUAUUUUACCAUUUGUCAGUGCUUGUUGUCUAUCUGGUAUUGCCACAAUUCUGGUCAUUAUUUAUGAGUUGGCAUUAAAUUUUGGUCUAGCAGAUUGGAUUAUGAGUGAUGCUCCUAGAGACACACUGUUCUCAGCUAACCGUGAAGGCAUUUUAUCAUUAAUAGGCUAUGAAGCAAUAUUUUUAUAUUCCUUGUCAAUGAAAUCACGGUUGUCUAUUUUUAUGAAUAAAAAUCAUUUAAUAAACAAUAUGUUCCUCUUAAUAGUAACGGGUUCUUUAUCUAUUGCUUUAUUUUUAUUGACAUUCAUCAUAAGUUUUGUUUUUGGUGUUUCUAGAAGAUUAGCUAAUGCCGGUUAUGUUUAUUGGGUAUUAUCUAUAUCUUCAUAUCUAUUAUUCAUGUCAAUCAUGAUUGAAAACUUCAUAACUGUUAUUUUACGUAAGAUGGGACAAAUGGGCGAAUUCAAUAGAGUUUCACUCAUUAUAGAUAGUGUAAAUGAUAAUUUAUUAUUUUUCUUUUUACUCGCCAAUGUUGUAACUGGAGUUAUAAAUAUGAGUAUGUACACUUUAGUAAUGAAUACUGCCUCUAGUUUAAUUAUUCUGUCUCUUUAUAUGUUUAUUAUUUACUACACAAUUUAUAUUUUACAGCGUUAUAAAAAUAAAAUUGAUGUUUAAUUUUUUUAUUUUUUAUAUCAUGGCAAAUUAUGUACAAGUUAUCUACAUACAUUAAAAAUAAAAAUGUUUAAAAAUGAAUGGUAUGAUUUUUUACAGCCAUAUGGUUGAUAUGGUAACAGUUCAAAAUGAGAAUUUAUAAAAUAUUCCCGUGAACAAUAUAUUUUCAAACUUCAAAGAACAAAUUAAAUGAUGCAAUGAUUAAUACAAAAUAAGAGAUAAGAUUAAAAAAAAAAUAAAAAUUAUAUACUAAUGAUAAAAAUUAUUUACAGCUCUGAUAUUGUUGUAAAUUAUAACAAUGAUUUUUUGCCAAAUCGUAAAGAAGGAUCGAGGAUUUAAUACAAGUUUAACAGACAUAAAUGUAGG